CGGAAAUUUUGACUUCGAUUUGAUUUUAACAUAUUCCCCUACCUCGUUGAUUGAAAAGAGAAGGAGAUACCACGCGGGCUCCACAGAACCGAGCUGUCGAUUGUUGAAAAGAGGAUGAGCCCUUCGGAUGCCUCUAGGCCCAGUGCCUCGCCACGCCUGUCAUCCCUCCCCUGGGUCCAUAUUCACGGGCCAAGAGGGAUCCAGCCGAAAAGAAAGAAAGGAACAGAAAAGGUCAAAUCAAACCCCCAAAAGCAUACAUCAAGUUGGUACUUUGUUUUCUGGGUUUCAACACUCAUACACAACCCACUGCCGACAUACUUCGCAAUGCCGUGUGUAAUCGUCAAAUUUGUCGAUAAGGGACGAUCACCUGAUCUGUCGCUUCAAUUCCCGCCUCGAUUCGUUGCGUGGCUCUUGGCCUUAAGGCACCGUUUUCUUUGUCAAGCACAUACUAUUACCCCGUCGACUCGGAACAUUUGCAUCUGGAUAUAUCAUUGGUGGUUUUUCUGUCGCUUCGAGUUCAUAAUUUGUCUUUGGUCGUUCGGGUACUCGUGGGGUUUUCGGAGCUUGGUACGGCGGUUUGUGCUGUCUUAAUAUUUUCUUUUCCAGUUCUUACAUUCCUUUCUCGUCGAGACAUUCAUCGACCAUGUCGACUGAAAUUGUUCCCGAUGAUAUGAUGCAACGAAAG